AUGGCAAAACUUGUCUCAGAUCGUGUGCUACCUCUGUUCUCGGAGCUGUCGGAUGUUAUUACCAGGCUCAGCUUCAUCGAUGUCCUGAAAUUCCAUCCUCGUAACGCCCCACGACCGGGGCUGCCAGCAUCGGGAUCGGGAGAUGAGUCUGUGGAACCUGAUGACGCUGGUCCUCACCACCAGUCUUCCUCCUCCGCCUCCUCCCCUCCCACUGCUGCCAGCACAAGCCACCAGGACCUAUUUGCCUCAUUUGCCGACGAUCCGGUCCUCACGAGCAUAGUCGAUGAUAUUCAUGCAAUCGCCUCCACCUCAUCGAGGGUUGCAAGGAGGCUAACGAAGAAGAAGAAGAAGAAGAGGAGGACCACGAAGACCCCUACUAGAGGAGAAAAAAGCAAGAGCAGGGUUGUUGUUGGUGCUGGCAUUUUGAAGAAGCGUUUGCUUGUCGGGAAAAAGAUCAAGAAGAAGAAGAGUGUUGCGCGUCUCAAACGCAAAAAUCUUAAACUGACAGGCACUCAGAAACGUGUGCGUAAAGCGGUUACUCAACUCGCCUCGCCAACUUCGUCCCUGCAGUCGACUCCCCGGCCACCUGCCAACAGGCAUAGUGCCCAUCACUCAGAGGGUUCCCUUCCGCCCCUCUCGAUAUUGGGUGCUGGUAAAUUUUGCGGAGCCUAUCCUAUAGCUUUCGUUCUAUUCUCUUACUGUGAAGGUUGCUGGGAUUGUCUGUUGAUCAUAGCCCUCGGAUUGGAGACCUACUUCCUCUGGACAUCACUACCUUGCACUGCCGUCAUUAGCCUAGUUUAUUCCAAUACACACGACUGGUUUCACUCUUCCUCGGUCCUCAUCGACGACAACCUACCAGACUCCCGCGACAGGGCUGUUAAGCCGACUGGAGGCCAGUCAGUCAUCACUCUUCAACUUCAGCACCCGAAACAUGCAGGUCAACGCGGACAACUCUGUCUCCCCGGUAAAGCCGCCUUGCGCCCGACCCCCCUCGUCGUUGUCGUCAUCGUCUAG